AUGGCCAAAACUCAUUGUCAAUUGAGCUGCGAUUCCGUCAUGUUUGGUUGUCUCUGCUUGCUUCUCCUGAUUGGCGCUGUGUCCACAGAGAAAUGCAAGUUCCAAAUCAUAUUCGACUCGGUCAACUGCAAACAGUAUGCACCGGAACUUGUCCAAGAGCUGAAUUGUUGGAUGGUUCAACUGAAUAAUCGCAGUUAUAUCAGUGCAAAUCUCAUACUAAAAGCUAAUACCAGCAAAAUUGAUGUGACCUCGAAAAUGGAUUUUUGGAAAACGGAUAACACAAAGGUGCGCUUGUAUAACUUGCGUGCGGACACUUGUACGUUGCUCUCGAAAAUACAGAAGAACCAGUUCAUGAACACACUACUUAGGACCUUUAAGGAACAUAUGAAUGGCAAAUUGAGAUGUCCAUUUAAUGCGGGCUUCAACUAUACGAUCGAUAGCUGGUAUCUUAACGAGGAAGACUUUCCCACCUUUGUUCCUAGAGGGAGCUUUCAGACCAUUACUGAAUACACAAUAGAAAGGAAACAAGAAAGAAAGCUCUAG